CAGGCGGAAGUCCCGGAUCGAGGCGCCGCCAUUUUUGCUGCCCGGACGCGGAGCGAGGAGGCUGAGAGCGAAGAAGUCGGGAGACCUCUAUCCGCUUCCAUCCGUCGCGCAGAGCCUGCCGGAGCCGCCGCCGCCGCCGCUAUGGAUGAUCGGGAGGAUCUGGUGUACCAGGCGAAGCUGGCCGAGCAGGCCGAGCGCUACGACGAAAUGGUGGAAUCAAUGAAGAAAGUAGCAGGAAUGGAUGUAGAGUUGACAGUUGAAGAAAGAAACCUCUUAUCCGUUGCAUAUAAAAAUGUGAUUGGAGCUAGAAGAGCUUCCUGGAGAAUAAUCAGCAGCAUUGAACAGAAAGAAGAAAAUAAGGGAGGAGAAGACAAACUAAAAAUGAUCCGAGAAUACCGACAAAUGGUUGAGACUGAACUAAAGUUAAUCUGUUGUGACAUUCUGGAUGUACUGGACAAACACCUCAUUCCAGCAGCUAACACUGGCGAGUCCAAGGUUUUCUAUUAUAAAAUGAAAGGGGACUACCACAGGUAUCUGGCUGAAUUUGCCACAGGGAACGACAGGAAGGAAGCUGCAGAGAAUAGCUUAGUGGCUUAUAAAGCUGCUAGUGAUAUUGCAAUGACAGAACUUCCACCAACGCAUCCCAUUCGCUUGGGUCUUGCUCUCAAUUUUUCUGUAUUCUACUAUGAAAUUCUUAAUUCCCCUGACCGUGCCUGCAGGUUGGCAAAAGCAGCUUUUGAUGAUGCAAUUGCAGAACUGGAUACGCUGAGUGAAGAAAGCUAUAAGGACUCUACACUUAUCAUGCAGUUGUUACGUGAUAAUCUGACACUAUGGACUUCAGACAUGCAGGGUGAUGAUUCCUAAAGGAAAAAUCCAACUCUUCCUUUCCUAAAAACUCUUUGUGAAGAGCAGAAUAAAGAAGCGCUGCAGGAUGUGGAAGAUGAAAAUCAGUGAGACCUAAAAAAGCCAACAAGAGAAACCAUCUCUGACCACCCCACUCCUUCCCAUCCCAUCCCCUUUGGAAAGUCCCCCCAUUGUCACUGAGAACCACCAAAUCUGACUUUUACAUUGGGUCUCAGAAUUUAGGUUCCUGCCCUGUUGGUUUUUUUAAAAACAGUUUUCAAAAGUUCUUAAAGGCAAGAGUGAAUUUCUGUGGAUUUUACUGGUCCCAGCUUUUAGGUUCUUUAAGACACUAACAGGACUGCAUAGAGGCUUUUUCAGCAUUACUGUAUUGUCUCCUGCCAGAUGUGGCAAGAUCACCAUUAGAUGGAAAUUGCAUUUGGAAGCCAUUAGAUGUCUAGUGAUAUGAACAUCUAAGCGAGGUUAAUCACACUAGAGGCAUAUGUGGUAUAUCGUUUUUCUUUUUCUAAUUGUUUAAAUCGAGUUUUAUACCAAUGUUAAAAUUAAUUGGGUGUUAGCUUGAAGUGGUUAAAGGUUGGGAGUUUGUUGUGAUGGUUUUCCUGUAAAGUGUUUCAAACUCUGCUGAAAUGUUGCUGAAAAGCAUGGUGCUGGUAACAGUUCAACAAUCCGUGGCUGCUCAUUCUUGCCUACCUUUACUCCCUCUGAAGCAGGUUAGCAUUGAAGGUGGUAUGGAAAAGCCUGCAUGCGUGUUCAGUUCUUUGUUUCUUCUCCUUCCCUCCCCAAGGCCCCCCUCUCCUGAUCCUUCUUCGCUCGCUCAACCUCUUUUGUUCAGUAUGUGUAACUUGAAGCUAAUUUGUACUACUGGAUAUCUGACUGGAGCCACAGAUACAGAAUCUGUAUUGUUCUUACUGAAACACAGCAUGGAAUUAACAUUAAACUUAAAUAAAACAAACCUAAAUUAAAAAUGCCAAAUACUAUUGCGCCUCCAUCCUUUUUAUCCUUCUAAAAUAAAAUCUUUAGUCCAAACACA